AUGUUGGUUUACCAAGACCUCCUCACUGGUGAUGAGCUUCUCUCGGACUCGUUUCCAUACAAGGAAGUCCAUAAUGGAGUGUUGUGGGAAGUUGAUGGAAAGUGGGUUGUGCAAGGAGCAGUUGAUGUAGACAUUGGUGCAAAUCCCUCUGCUGAAGGUGGUGGGGAAGAUGAGGGUGUUGAUGAUCAAACCGUGAAGGUGGUUGACAUCGUUGACACAUUUAGGCUUCAGGAGCAACCUCCUUUCGACAAGAAGCAGUUUGUCACAUGGGUGAAGAGGUACAUCAAACUGUUGACACCCAAGCUGGAGGGGGAGAAACAAGAGGAAUUCAAGAAGAACAUUGAGGGAGCAACCAAGUUUCUGCUUUCGAAGCUCAGUGACCUCCAAUUCUUUGUUGGGGAGAGCAUGCAUGAUGAUGGCGGUUUGGUGUUUGCCUACUACAAGGAGGGUGCCACUGACCCAACAUUUAUCUACUUUGCUCAUGGUUUGAGGGAGGUCAAGUGCUAA